AUGGGCACACAGUGAGCAAGAUUGUGAGGAACAGGCUACCUUCUCUCCUUCUCAACCACAAAAAAAUGGGGAGUGAUCAAAGCAAGAAUUUCCAAAGAUGGAAAGAAGCUUGCAUAACUUCAUUCAAGGCUGUAGACAGAGAGAUACAAUUUCUUGAAACAUUGGAUUGCUCUUGUAGUGGAACAACUGCUACUGUCGUAACUAGACAGGCUGAAGAUCUGACGGUUGCAAAUCUUGGAGAUUCGAGAGCAGUUCUAGGGACAAGGAGCGAGAAUGGGAUCGUGGCCGAUCAGUUGACUAAUGAUCUCAAGCCUGGGGUGCCAUGUGAAGCAGAGAGAAUUACAAAGUGUAAAGGGAGAGUGUUUGCACUAAAAGAAGAGCCACAUAUACAGAGAGUCUGGCUGCCUUAUGACGACUCGCCCGGACUCGCUAUGUCUCGACCUUUUGGGGAUUUCGUGCUAAAAAACAAUGGCAUUAUUUGCAUCCCAGAGGUCUCCCACCACCGGAUCACUCCCCAGGACGAGUUUCUUGUCGUGGCGACAGAUGGGGUGUGGGAUGUGCUGAGCAACGAGGAAGUAGUGUCGAUGGUAGCGGCUGCAGAUAAUGAAGAGGUAGCAGCAAAGGCAGUGGUUGAUGCAGCAAUUGCAAUAUGGAAACACAAGUUUCCCAACUCAAAAAGGGAUGAUUGCACUGUUAUUUGUCUAUUUUUGCAAUCUAAAUCACUCUAGAUUUAUAUCUUGAUAUAUAUACAUACAGAGUCUUGAAGUCUACUGGGGUUUAGCCCACUUCAAUAGCAUA